GACGUUUCAGUAGCAUAUAUCAAGGUCAAAUCAAAUUUUUUUUCAGAUGUCAUGACAUCAUUGUUCGUAAAUUCAUCGAUACAUUUUCUGGAAUUUUCACAAUAAAUAAAAAAUUAACGAGUGUCUUUAAAAAACACAUUCAUCAUCAAAAUGUCGUUGAAUACAGCACAUUUAAAUGGCGGAGUGUUGAUUCACAACGGAGAACAGAUUUUGUUGUACUCGGAUGGUGUGGCGGUGGAAUGGUCCGCACAGCAAUCCGGAGCUUUUCAGGGGACCAAAAAGGGACUGAUUUACCUGACCACUCACCGCGUAAUUUUCAUCAACAAAUCCGGUGGAGAUGAGAUGCUUAGUUUUAGCUUCCCGUUCGUAACACUUAGCGAAGUUGAGGUAGAACAACCAGUUUUCGGUGCUAAUUACAUAAAAGGGAAAGUUAGAGCUCAACCAAAUGGCAAUUGGAUUGGCGAAGCCAAAUUUAAAAUAACUUUUAAGAAAGGUGGAGCUAUAGAAUUUGGCGAGUCUAUGCUUAGGGCUGCUCACUUUGCUUCUAGAGGCGGUAUGCAAGCUCCACCCCCAUACGUACCACCCCAAAAUCAGUGGUACGCCGCCCCUCCACCAGCGUAUGCUCCACCACCACAAGGUUAUUAUGGCUGGACGCCGCCCACUAACGCUUUCCCCCAACAUCCUCCCGCAGACGGCGUCUUCAUGACCGACGCACCGCCUCCAUAUCCGGGCAUAAAUGCACCAUAUCCCGGUCCCGCUGGUUACGCCCCUCAGGCCCCGGCGGGCGCUCAUGGUCCUUUCGUUAAUUCCGCAGAUGCUAAGGCUGCAGAAGCUGCCCAAUCUGCUUAUUAUGAUCCGAAUCAACCCCAGAUGGCUUUUAUACCACCACCGGCCUAUUACGAAAAUCCACCCAGUUACAACCAGGCUACCGGCAAAAAAACUCAAUAAAAGCAAAUAAACAUCUUAUAACUUGGCUCUAAAAGCUUUGCCGAUACUUAUAUUGUAUUCUUUAAUUUUUAAACAACUUCUUUUGAGUUUAACCUGAAAAGGUUGACAUUCCCUUAUUUAGAUAAAAAAAAAGUAUUGUAUUUUUUCACGGUUUAUUCUAUAUUAUAUGUAUCUAGUCCUUUUUGAAUAUUGUUUUGCCAAUAAGUUGUAAAUUUUGAAAAUACAUAUAUAUUUUUACUCAAGCGAUAGAUUAGAC